UUUUCUUUACCCUUUCUCUUUGAAACUGACAGUGUUAACGGCACAGAAGUGGAAUGCACUUGUAACGAAAAACGGCAGUGUCUAAAGAGCAGGAAGAAUCUUCGUGAAUCGUGAAAGUGCAACGAAGUUGUAUUCGAUGAAUGAAAUGAGUGUUCAAGGGUUCUACACGAGCAAACCUGAUUCAUUAUCGAUCAUGAAAAAGGAUAUUUUAGAAGGAAAGAACGAAACACCAAGGACGCAAGAUCUGGAUCGUUUUGGACUUUAUCAAAUGAUGAUGUAUGCAAUACUCAGCAUACCAUUAUUAUUCUCAGCUGGUUUUGCGUUAUUAUAUGUUUUCACAGCAGGUGAAGUUAAAUACAGAUGUCUCGUUCCGGAAUGUGAAAAUUCUUCUGACACUGUGUUCAGUCCACCAUGGAUUUUAGACUCUGCUCCGAAGAUAGAUGGUACAUUGGCGACAUGUACACGUUACGCUGUAAAAGAAAAUCCUGGAACGUGUUCAUCUGUUUCCUUUCAAAAUAUCACACAAAAUUGUAAUGCAUGGUUCUAUGAUCCCAAUGAACAUACUAUACUUAACGAGUGGGACUUUACUUGUGAUAAUAAUCGAUGGAGAUUGACUUUAGUCGGUACGAUUAACAACGUCGGACAAUUAGUUGGCCUGAUCUUCGCUGGAUAUAUUUCUGAUAAAUAUGGAAGACGAACGAUGUUAACCGGUGCAACUUUUAUCAGUGGAAUUAGCGGUUUGAUUCAUUCAUUUUCUGUUAAUUAUUGGAUGUUCCUUGGAUUCGAAUUUAUGGAUGCCGUUGCAGGAGCUGGAAUUUAUAGCGCUGGUUUUAUCUUAGGAAUGGAAUUAACCGGAGCUAAAAAUAGAGUCUUAGGGAACACCAUAACAAAUUGCAUGUUUGCUCUCGGUGAAAUAAUUUUAGGUUUAAUUGCUAUGUGGUUGAGAUCUUGGCGUACGCUUUUACGUGUUGUUUAUGGUCCAGCUUUGUUAGCCAUAUUCCUUCCUUAUACUAUACCGGAAUCAGUCAGAUGGUUAAUGGCAAAUGGUAAAAGUGAAGAAGUUGAACGAGUAUAUCGUAAAAUGGCAGAAAUGAAUGGGUUAGAGAUUUCAGAUGAAACUAUUCGUAUAUUCAAGGAAUUAAAUGUCCUCGAACCUGCGAAUAAAGAACAAUCAGAUCAAAAGACAAAUGAAAAGGGACCAAUCAAACAAGUUCUCCACAGUUCCAUCAUAAUGAUUCGUUUACUCAUUUGCUCGUUCUGUUGGUUAACAAAUACUUUUAUUUAUUACGGCCUAUCUUUAAAUUCGGUAGCAUUUGCAGGUGAUAAAUACAUGAAUUUUAUACUCGUUGCUGUUGUUGAAAUACCAGCACAUUUUCUUACCUGGCUGUUAACUGAUUAUAUCGGUCGUAAAGCUACACUUUCUGGAUCGUUUAUUUUCAGUGGACUUUUUUGUCUCGCCAUUCAAUUCUUACCAUCAGGAGGCUGGUUAUAUACUCCUUUAAUUUUAUAUAUGGGUGGAAAAUGGUGCAUCACUAUGUCUUUCUCAACAGUCUAUCUUUACACAGCAGAAAUGUUUCCAACAAAUUUGCGACAUUCAUUGCUUGGGAUUUGCAGUAUGACAGGUCGAAUAGGUUCCAUAUUAGCACCUCAAACUCCACUUUUGAUGCAAAUUUUACCUGAAUUACCAUUGGUUAUCUUUGGAAGCAUGGCUAUUUUGGCCGGCGUUUUCUCCCUUAUUUUCCCUGAAACUUUGGGAACAAAACUUCCUGAUACCGUAUGGGAAGCAGAAAAUAUAGGUAAAACGAAACUUCAUUCUCGUUCGCAGGAAUUACCAUCUUAAAAUAAAAAAUAUAAAUUAUGUUCUAAGAAAGAGAAAGAGAAAGAGAGAGAGAAAGAGAGAGAGAAUCUUACAUUAUA